UCAGUCUUUCGUCUCGGAGCUUCCCUCGCUCAUUUCGGCUCUGUAUAGUCUCCGAUUCCAAUUCAAUCCGCUUCUAGUUUGAAAUCAAGUGUUAUAUACUGGGCCUGUGUUAGCCCUUGGCAGAAAAUCGCUCGAGUUUAUUCCUGAAAUUUUGUCGACACGAAUUGAACAAGUGUCGAAAUCAAAGCGCGAAAUUGACUGGUUUGAAUUGGUUUCUUCGUUUGUAUUUUCCCGCCAAGUGCCGCUAUCAAGGAAGACAAUUAAAAGGCGCUGAAAUUAAGACAUUCACGGCGUCGUUGGCGGCAGAUUUUAUUCAACUGCUGGAGAGGAGUCACGGCAACGGAUCCGAAAGUGUCGGAAUCACCAAUGAUGUCGCGGUCCCUGGAAAAGCCAAGACAAACAGCCAUGAGAGAAGGACAGCUGUCAACACGGGCGACCGCAACAAGACGAAUGUCGACGCUUGCGCUGGCCUUGAUGUUAUUCCUCCUAGUGUCGUCCGGACUCUCCUGGCAGCCGCAGAUGGUCUCCUCGGCACCGACACCUCAACACAACGACGUCGUCGCAUCUGCUGGACGGAAGGACGACGGGUCGCUCAUAUUAAACGGGACGCAUCAGCUGAGCGAUGGAGAACCUGCGGAGCCGGCCAACAUAAGUGAUCGCCAUCAACGUCAAAUUCCGAUUGGCUACAAUCAGCCAUUAGCCAUGAUGGACGAUAUCAAUGACAUGUUCUCCACACUGUUGGACGACAGCAGCAGCUCAACCGGCUCGAGAACGAUAACGUCACGAAGCGACGACCCAGUGAUGGAAGAUGAACGCAAUUUGGUUUUCAACAUGGUCAUCCAAAAGGAGCGGACGGAAAAGUCGGCCUUUAUCGCCCCGGACGUCAACUGGCUGAGAGAUUUGGUGCCCAAAGUGGUGGACGUCGUCGACAAACCCGAGACGACCAUCAAGGAAAUCAUUUCCAACGCCGUGAACGAGGACGUUCAAGCCGAGCCGAUGAGAGAUCGGCAAUUGUUCGUCAACGUCGUCAAGUCUCAAAUCGGAUCGGAGAACGACGUACCGAAAAUUCUGGCCAGUCUGGCCAACCUGAUGAAGACGGGCGGUCCGGACGUCGAGUCCAAACUCCUGGAAAGUCGAGACAUUGGUGAACCGCAGACCCGCGUCUACGUCAUCAACAUCAUCAUUUUCAACUUGGUCGUUUUAGAAGCGCCGGUAGACAGGCCGGUCCUCGUCACCGAUAAGGUCAGCCACAUCGAGGCCGACAUCACCGAAGACUCUUACAUAAUCGCUCUCAAAGAGUCGCAGAAGAAUCGCUUCGGUUCUCCAGGUUCCGUUUCAUCCGGCCGCAUCAAUCAAAGUCCAGUUUCAGUUUCCAGCCAGCAGCAUCCCAGGACUCCCGACAAGGAUCUAGAAGAAGAUUCCUACAUUGUGGCAUUGAAAGAGUCGCAAAAGGAUCGAUUUAAAGGAUCGCCUCCGGUAUCAGCUGGCCAUCACCAUCAUCACCACCACGCAAUCGAUAAGGUCGCAACUAAUCAGCAACAAUUGGGCGGGCAAUUCUUCACCGCGGUGCCGACGUACGAAUAUGUUUCGACGGCCAGGCCGUUGAUGGCUAUGGAGAAAGAUUAUUUGAGACGGCAGACACUGAAGCCGGCCCAGCAGCAAUUGGCGGAAGCGGUGGAUGAACAAGAGCCAUUGGCGGAUGAAGAGGAGCAAUUGUACGACGAACAACAAUCGGCCAGCGAACAACAACAACAAACGACGCAAUCAACGGUAGUUGAUCCUUACGGCAGUUUGGAAUUUGUCAAUCUGCCAACGGGUCCGUAUUUCACCAAACCGAAUUAUGCGCAAAUUGUUAACGCCGAAACGACGACGUCAUCCAUCGAGAAACCACCAGAGAUCGAGGCCUUCGUUGCUGAUGUGUCGGUGACGGGCGGAGUGGGCAGCCAUCUAGUGGUGACGACUACGACUACGACUAGGAAACCUGUCGUGAAUAAGAAGCCGCUAAUAGUCAGAGUGCCGGAGGCGAUGGGAGUGAUGACUAACAAGGCCACUAAUGUUGUCCGAAAUCGAAUCAGGACAGUGGGCAUGCUAGGGAUUCCCAUGAUGGUAGGUCUGGCCGGCACGGUCAACUCGUGGUUGCCGGCCGUGGCGGCCUUGGGUCGCCGCAGAAGGAGGCGUUCCAUUACGGAGGAAGAGGAUUGGAGUAACCGCGAAAUGUCCAGCGACGACGACGACCGGAGCCGGACACUUGGCAACGCCCAGAUACUGGCCAAGUUGAUGGGCAAAGGUGCAGAAUCGUUGCUCAACAACUGGAAGAAUCGAGAGCAAAGUACAAGGAAUUCCGCCAUUGAAUCACCUGGAAGUCAAUCGACCGCGGAUGCAAACAAAUCGGCCAAAAAGAGACGACCGCUGUGGUUCCGUCGGCCAACCGUCAAAAAGUCGCGUACCUCCAAGAAAAUGCGGAAUUUCUUAUCGACCAGCCGGAAGUACGUGACACCCUUGAUCUACGCGACAUUAUUUGGAAACGAGAAACCGGAUGCGGAUAACCGAAAUUCAGCCGCCGACGACGACGACGUCAUGGAACACAGAGAGGAUCCGGAAACCAGGCAAGAGGCCGUGGUGGAAUACGAUUUGGAACAGCAGGAAGCCUUGGAGAAUGAGACCGUCGAUCCAGCACCAAUCGACGACGAGAGACCGGAAGAAAAAGAAAUGGAAGAGGAAAUUCCCGACUCCGCCGGCGGCCCUUCAUUCCUCUCGCAAUCCGGCUCGGAUUUCGACAUUGUCUCCAAUUUCGUCAGGGCUAUGAUGAUGAACCAUAAGAAGGAAAACGAAGACGACGAUUUGGCUGAAAAUCGCGAGGAAAUCUUCUGGGUCAAAGAGGCUUCCAUCGUCAACACAACGCAAACUGUCAAUCACAAGCCCAACAAACCCGGACACAGCGGCUCCAGUUUGUUGCUUUUAAAGCCCGGCGUGUGGGUGCCAUCUAGCGGAUUAAAUCACAAAAACGUCAGCCUUUUCUCCGCCACGAAUCCUGCUGUCAAAAAACCCAGCAGCUGGAGUAAUAACAAUAAUCACGAGAAUGUUACCAACAGUCCAAUCACUUACGUGUCCAUCAAGUCACCGACUAAAGUCACUUGGCUGGGCGUUGGCCCAGCAGACCUCAUAACGUCAACAUCGCCGUCCUCCUCAUCUGCCGAAGACGACGAUCCUGUCGAGGUGAUGGACACCAUCGACUUGCCUCCCAGUGAAAUUGUCGGAGCUCCGCUGGAAUUCUACGACGAGGAAACGGACAAUUACGUGUCCAAAGAGGUGCCCAGCCUUCCUGGCCAGCCCACCGUUCCCUAUUACAUCACGGAUCGGACCCCUCCUAGCACUGCCGAGCCUCCAGCGCUACCCCUUGACGAUCCUGCCGAUAUGCCCAAACCGGUUCGACCGAUCGUGAUGCGCCCAACUGACCUCCGUCCGGGUCUUUCCUCUUUGCUGCUGACCAUCGCCAGUUUCAACCGGCCCAAAUUGCCUCCGCCCAUCGACGUGUCCAGCAGUGUCUCGUCACAGGAUCAGGAAAUGGUGACCCCGCCCAACGAAGAAUUCAGAGACGACACGACCAACAAAUACACUCACGGCCACGGGAUCGUGACGCCAUCGGACGACACUUUGAAAUACACCCACGGUCACGGGAUUAUCGUGACAAAUCCUCCAUCGUAUGACUUGAACCAGUUGACGGCCGAGUCGUCGCUAUUGGACAGCAAUUCAUUCCUGAAUCUGAAUCCACUGGCCAACUUGAUCAAAGUAACUACCGGCAGCAGUCAAUUUGAUGACGAGUGGGACGAGUCGGCCGAGUCGCCCAGUUUGCUGGGCGACACCAGCAUCCAGUUCGUCGGCAUGUACGGCGGCACUGUGGUCAACAGCACCAACGGUCCACUUCCAAUGAUUGAAAUUCCGGAGAGCGACGGAAUGGAGUCGAGUUUAGACGAUCUGAUCACUCAAUUAAAGGCCAACUUGACGACCGGAUUAAUGACAGAUCGGCCGGCCGGAGGACUUCAUUUUGUCAACACGUCGACCGACAUUGUCAUCAUCAAUCCAUUUGUGACGCCCAGUUCCAUGUUCCCCCCUCCGCCUCAGGUGGAGGCCGUCGAAGCGGAAGAAGGUGACACUUUUGGUGCCAUUGCAGAAGACGAAGAUAAUAACGCCAUCGUUGUCGAUGGCGUCGCUGGGGAUCAACCGGACUCGGUGCCCGUCGUAUCCAAUUUGGCCAAUCUCUUUUUCGGCUCUUCCGGCGGCGGAUCCUCGUCAUCAUCCGGGUCUUUGGUAACCAACGGAGGAAUCAGCAGCGGAGGCAUUACCGGCGGAACUGUUUCUUCGACGACCACCAAUCCAUUGGCGUUGCUCUACACUUACGGAUUGGCUGCCAUCGGCAUUUUCGCUCUGACGUUGCCCCUUUGGGUUCCGUUUGUCGUUGGCAAGAAGAGGCGACGGACGUACGCGCCAUCCAAAACUUAUCCGGCCAGCAAGAAGAAGACGCCGACGUCGCCGAAAAAGACGUACGGUGAGCCGCCGCCCAAUCAUUACAAAGAUCUGAGCGAAGAGGAAAUUUACGGCAACGAUGCUGACUAUUUCGAUCAACACCAGCAAUUGGCCACCGCUGCCCAUCAACAGAUCCAGCCUCAAUAUCCGACCACGACCAUUGACGAUUAUUUCCGUCCUAGCGAGGAACUGAGGCAUUCCGAUUAUUCGCUACCAAAGUCGGACGAUCACUACAUGUUCCGAGAUUCGAUUGCACUCAACCCGCAGGACGACAUGUUUAAUAAUCCAGGGCCACUUAGUUCGGAAGCCCUUUACGGAUCUCCGGCCAGGAUCUUUUUGAAGGCGAGGCGACGACGCUCCACGCGCCGAUUCCGGCCAUCCAAUAACAAGAGAUCCAAUGAUUGAAGAUAAUUAUGAUGUGAUGAACAAUUUGAUAUAUAAGAUAAUUUUAUGCAAAAUAAAUAAGCUUCUGGUUUGACGUGACACCAAGUCUCACGCUCUACGACGCUGUCAUGUAAUCCAAACCCCCACAUUGUUAAUCAAUUGCCUUUAGGCCUUAAUAAUGCUUACGCAUCAUGUGUUUCAUACCUAAAUCUUCCUCAAACAAAUACUGUACAAAGACCUUAAAACCGUUCAGAAAAGGCAAAGUUACCAAGUCUUCAAUGUCGAAAUACCUUUUAUUUAAAAAACAAUCGAGCUCCAAUCACUAUGGCAACAUCAGCCGAUGUUCCUGUACCGGACAUACUUUCUACCAAUCGUUCAUCAACGUAUAGGUGUAGUCUACAUCAUUAUAAUUCCCUCCUGUAAAGCCAUAAUUUAUUGAAUUACAACAGCAAUCAGAAGAGCAAAGAAAUAGGCUUAUAUUAUUGAGGACGCGUGAAUAUACGUGAAUAUCAACAGAGGGAUAAGAAAACUGGAAUUAUCUUUGAACUCGUCGGUAGCCUACUAUAUAAUUCACCAAGUGGCUGCCAAAUCGUGCGAUGACGAUGGAAAUGCUGAAAACUUUGGCAGGUUUGGCAACGGCAACAAGCUCUGUGGUUGUUUGAUAAGCGAAUAAGCCAUAGUCGAGCAAGCGCAUAACUGGUUGCCAAGCCUGAAAAGUUGCUCAAAAAAUUACCAUUUGAAAAAUCUGUACAGAGUAUCCCGAUUUCCGAAGACUUAAUAAUAGCUUUUGCCUUUUCGAUUUUCAAUCGACGGCUUACCGGUAUAAUUUCUUUGUUGAUGUUUUAAACUUAAAAUAUGGAUGGUGCAUUUUAAACUAAUUUAUCUAAUUAGUUUUGUUAAAGUUUGACCUGUAUUGUUAAGUUUUGCUUCUUUGUGACUACUUCAUUAUGCGUACUUCAUUUUUGUACAAAAGUUUCAGUGUAAAGCGAUUCAUCUGAUACAGAUCCUGACUUAUGUAUUUGACGCUCUUGUAUCAUAUUUUGUUAUUAUUAUAUAUUUUGCGUUAUGUCAGAUACUGUACUUAUUGAGUGUUAUUUGUUAUUGGUUUCAUGGCCUUGACUAUUAUCACCUCAUCCUUAUACCCAUCAUAUUUGUUGUAGAUUUUCAUCAUGAGACACUGUCAGUCAGACCAAUUCCCCUAACCAUAUUUAGUUGUCAAAUUAUAUCCACGUAAAAUAAACGCAAAUAAUUUAACUA